UCCAAUUUUAAUUGGUUAUGUUGGUAUUAUUUCACUAAGGAUAGAAACUCUAGUGCUGUCAGUGCGGCCAACGUGGUUCCUUUUUCAGUGAACAUCAACAAGAAGAUUUUAUCAACCUUCUUAGGCCCUUCACAAAAAUGCCACGCGAAAUCACAGAAAUUAAGGAUUUCCUGUUAACGGCCAGGAGGAAGGACGCUAAAUCCGUUAAAAUAAAGAAGAACCCAGACAAUACCAAAUUCAAGGUGCGUUGCUCUAGAUUCCUCUACACCCUUGUCAUUACAGACAAAGAGAAGGCCGAAAAACUGAAGCAAUCUUUGCCUCCAGGCCUCCAGGUCAAAGAAGUUAAAUAAACAACAUGUGGGUUUUACCUUUAUAACUUAAAUAUAAGUUGAUUAAAAUA